AAGAUGGGUACACCUAGAGCGUCGCUUUGGCCUCAUGAUGCAAUAGUCGAACGCUCGAACUACCCGUCCUAUCCUCCCCAGCCGUUGGAAAGGCUAAAUCCACGUUUACCUCCGGAUGCUAUUCCUGUUAUCAGCGGUUGCCUUACGUUUUCGACAGACCAGCGUCUUACUGCGCGUGAAGCGCUCCGUAUGCCAUUUUUCAAUAAGGAACAUAUGUCCAAGAUUAUAGGACUCACACACCGCGCAGUUUUGGUACUCAGAGGAUCAGAUUCUCUUAAGCUACUGCAAGGUCUUAUCACAAAUGACGUCAAAAAUGUGUUGCCGUCGACGGGUAUUGCUGCUCUGUUCCUGAAUAACAAGGGAAGAAUUGUAGAUGACGUCAUAAUUUCACGAGACAAUGAGGACGUCCUUGUUGAAUGCACUGCUUCGAACAGAGAUAAUUUGAAGAAGUUAUUAGAGAAGUAUCGUAUGCGUAAAGCUGUGGAGAUUGCAGACUCGGAAGAGAAUGUGCUCUUUUCUACUGAAGAAAUGCCGGGUUCGAUUCUGGAUCCGAGAUUUCCUUCGCUUGGCAGGCGCAUAUAUAGCACUGAUACGGGACAGGAACUUCUAGCUGAAUACAAUGAAAGACGAAUGAAAUACGGAAUUACUGAAGGCUGCGCAGAACUGGCAUCUCUUCUUCCUUUCCAAGCGAGUGCAAACGGCGAUUUGCUUAACAUGAUAUCAUUUGAUAAAGGAUGCUAUAUUGGGCAAGAGCUAACGGCGCGAACAGCACAUACAGGUGAAAAAUUUUGA